AUGCGAAGAAUUAUGAACCUUCUUAAUGUUUCACAUCCACCUAAUCAAUGGCAAAACAGUUGCGAUAAGGACCCAAACGUCAGCAAUGAAGAAAAAGAGAACAUCCCUUUAAGUUCAUUAGAAAGCGUUUUAAAGCAACAGGAAACAGCCGAUAAUACUCUGCCAUUACAAAAUAAUUCUUUGGUUGAGACUAACACUGUUACUGCAACAACAUCAAAACGUUCGUCGAGAUUGUCAUCUAGUAGUUCCAGUUCGUCAUCUUCUAGCAGCAGCUCUUCGUCUCGAUGUUGUUCAUUGAAACAAGGACGAUUUGUUUCCCAUAUCCUAAAAGGUAAAGAAAUUGAAGCCCAGUCUCAGUCUUUAUCAUCUAGAACUACUUCACCUUCAAUACUCGAAGCCCAGUCUCAGUCUUUAUCAUCUUGA